AUGGAUAUGGCCAGGAAGAUCACACAGUUGCUGCUUCUGGCUUUGGUGACUGGUCCAUGGGGUGCUCAGCCUAGGAAUCCACAGGACAGGAAGGAUCUGUUCAAUGUCUGCAUGGAUGCCAAGUACCACAAGAAAAAGCCAGGCCCCGAGGACAAGCUUUAUGGCCAGUGCAGUCCCUGGAAAGAGAACGCCUGCUGCUCUGUCAACACCAGCCAGGAAGCCCAUAAGGAUGUUUCCUACUUGUACAGAUUCAACUGGGACCACUGCGGCCCGAUGAAACCCGCCUGCAAGCGCCACUUCAUCCAGGACACCUGCCUGUAUGAGUGCUCCCCCAACCUGGGGCCCUGGAUCCAGGAGGUGAACCAGAGCUGGCGCAAAGAGCGGAUCCUGAACGUGCCCCUGUGCAGAGAGGACUGUGAGAACUGGUGGGAAGACUGCCGCACCUCCCACACCUGCAAGAGCAACUGGCACAGGGGCUGGAACUGGACGUCAGGGUCUAACCAGUGCCCAGAGAAGGCUGCCUGCCACCCCUUUCAUUUCUAUUUCCCCACGCCUGCUGCUCUGUGCAACGAAAUCUGGAGUCACUCCUUCAAAGUCAGCAACUACAGCCGAGGGAGUGGCCGCUGUAUCCAGAUGUGGUUUGACCCAGCCAAGGGCAACCCCAAUGAGGAGGUGGCGAGGUUCUAUGCUGAGGCCAUGAAUGUGGCUGAGCUCCGUGGGGCCUAA